UAAACACUGGCGAACAUCUCUAACUCGAGUAUAUUAGAUUUUGAUAUAACAGUAUGUCGACGAAGGACGUUUCUAAUUAUCAAGAAGCAAUUGAAAAGCUGGAGUCUAUCGUUGAAUUUUCCUCUUUCUUCACGAAUAGUCAUCCGAAACCAAUUUAUGAUAAAGUACUCCUGAAUGAUCCGUUCGACAAGUCAACGUUGAUGAAAAGGGCCCCAACAUCUUGUCAAGACCAUCUUAAUGAUUUGAUAAACACCUUUGAAGAGUCUUUGAAGAGGGUUUUGGAUGAACAGAUUCUUCCACCAGAGACUGUAAUAGGUCAGUAUAUCACUAGACUCAAUAGAGUCAUUGAAUUGGCAUCUCAGUACGAGUCCAUAACUGGAGCUGACCCAGAAAGGUAUGGGUAUAGUAUUACGCCAUACUCUGUGAGAACUGCUUCAGUGAAGGUCACAUUAGGUAAGCGAUCACCAACUUCCUCAGAUCUUGAAGAUAAUGGAUCUCAAUCCAAAUUGAGAUCAAAGAAACGUACACCAAUUUCCAAGGAAGCUAAGCAAUUAUUGGAAACAAUCUUUGAAACCAAGCGUACACCUAAUGGGAAAGAACGAAAAAUCAUCGCAGAAAAAUGUGGACUAACACCCCUUCAAGUACGCGUAUGGUUCACAAACAAACGAAUGCGCUCAAAGUAAUUGCCCCAGACAUACAACUAUUGAAAUCUAC